CUCCCUAGAAGCCCCGCUGAUUGACACGCCUUCCCUACCGAGCCGCCCUGAUUCACGCGUCCACUCGCGCGCUGGCGCUUCGGACUCUCGCAGCAGCAAACCGUCGGUACCAGCGCGAGAUGUCUCCUUCAUCCAUAUAGCGCUUAAAUCGCCGCAAAAGCGGGUGUUGUACAUCCGGAACCGUGGAUAAUACCCGACCGCUCGAGGCUUCGCACAAACAUCAUCCGGGAGCUUCAUCUGGUCCGACCGAAGCGAAUCCGGACCCGUUUCCAUUAUAAUACGGAUCCCUUUGGCUUCUAAAUACAUGCUAAUUCGGACAUUUUAUUGCUGAAUUUUCGGUGCACGCGAAGAUAAUCAUGGCGAGCGACUCUCCCGCGAGGGGUCUGGAUGAGAUCGACCUGUCUGCUUUGCGGGAUCCGGCUGGAAUAUUUGAGCUGGUGGAACUUGUUGGAAAUGGAACUUAUGGACAAGUGUAUAAGGGACGCCACGUUAGGACGGGCCAGCUCGCUGCUAUCAAGGUCAUGGAUGUCACGGGGGAUGAAGAGGAGGAGAUCAAAGCUGAGAUCAACAUGCUGAAAAAAUACUCUCAUCAUCGCAACAUCGCCACCUACUACGGUGCCUUCGUCAAGAAGAAUCCACCCGGCAUGGACGACCAGCUCUGGCUGGUGAUGGAGUUCUGUGGCGCAGGUUCAGUGACAGAUUUGAUCAAGAACACAAAAGGGAACUCUCUGAAGGAGGAGUGGACCGCGUACAUCUGCAGAGAAAUCCUCAGGGGUCUGACCCAUUUGCAUCAGCAUAAGGUCAUCCACCGUGACAUCAAAGGGCAGAACGUUUUGCUCACAGAAAACGCGGAGGUCAAACUAGUUGAUUUUGGGGUGAGUGCACAGUUGGAUCGCACUGUCGGCAGAAGGAACACAUUUAUCGGCACGCCAUAUUGGAUGGCUCCAGAGGUUAUAGCCUGUGAUGAGAACCCUGAUGCCACUUAUGACUUUAAGAGUGAUUUGUGGUCUUUGGGAAUUACAGCCAUUGAAAUGGCAGAAGGAGCCCCUCCGCUGUGCGACAUGCAUCCCAUGCGUGCCCUCUUCCUCAUACCCAGAAACCCAGCGCCCCGACUCAAGUCCAAGAAGUGGUCCAAGAAGUUUCAGGCAUUUAUUGAGAGCUGUUUGUUGAAAAAUCACAAUCAGAGACCCAGUACAGAGCAACUCAUCAAACAUCCCUUCAUCAAAGACCUCCCCAACGAGAGACAGGUCCGAAUUCAGCUCAAAGACCACAUCGACCGAACCAAGAAGAAGAGGGGAGAGAGAGAUGAGACGGAAUACGAGUACAGUGGAAGCGAAGAAGAGGAGGAAGAACGUGAUGUAGGAGAGCCAAGCUCCAUCAUAAACAUCCCUGGUGAAUCGACCCUGAGGCGAGACUUCCUGCGUCUGCAGCUGGCCAAUAAGGAGCGCUCGGAGGCGCUGAGGAGACAACAGCUAGAACAGCAACAGAAUGAGGAGCACAAGCGCCAACUACUGGCAGAGAGGCAGAAACGCAUCGAGGAGCAAAAGGAGCAAAGGAGGAGACUGGAGGAGCAACAACGACGGGAGAGAGAGCUUCGAAAACAGCAGGAGAGAGAGCAGAGGAGGCGCUAUGAAGAGAUGGAGCAGCUGAGGAGAGAGGAGGAGAGAAGGCACGCUGAGAGAGAGCAGGAGUAUAUCCGUCGGCAGUUAGAGGAAGAACAGAGGCAGCUAGAGAUCCUACAACAGCAGCUCCUUCAAGAACAGGCUCUCCUCCUGGAAUACAAGCGGAAGCAGUUGGAGGAGCAGAGGCAGGCUGAGCGGUUGCAGAGACAGUUGCAGCAGGAGCGGGCGAUCCUCAUCUCAAUGCAACCAAAGCAGACAGAGCCACGGCCUGGCGAGAAGAAACCACUGUACCACUACAAAGACUCGGUCAACCCCAGUGACAAACCAGCCUGGGCAAAAGAGGUCAUGAAGGGAGCGGAGAGCAACUCCCCUCGAAUCCCUCCCAAGAAGCAUCAUUCAUUUAACCAACCCGGAGAAAAACGUGUCCAGCUUGAGCAGAAACCCUCUUAUCCGCCCUCCAGGCCUCCCUCUUUCCCAGCAGCCUCUUCUUCCCAAUCCAGAGAGCUAGAGAUGGCUGGGGCUCAGCUCAGGCUAGUCAGCGGGGCUAACGUUCCUAGAAUCCGUUUGUCCUGUGAGCCGGAGCCGUCCGAUUUAGUCCGCUUGGCCGAGCAGCUUUACGAAGAGUCAAGAGUCCGCAAUCCCGGCCGUCCCAACAAAGGGCUCGAAAUAGAGAGAGAUGUUACUGUCGCAAAGGUUGAAGAGCGUUCCAAGAUGAACCGCCAGAGUUCUCCGGCUCUUCAGCACAAAGUGGCAAACCGGAUUUCCGACCCCUCCCUGCCCCCACGCUCCGAGUCCUUCAGCAGUGGAGGUAUACAGCAGGCCCGAACGCCACCCAUGCACCGUUCGGUAGAACCUCAGAUGGCCCACCUGGUUUCGGUGAAAUCUCACGGCUCAUCAAUGACGGGAUCUCAGUCGCUUCACGAUCAGUCAUCUCAGGGCGUCUCAGCCUUCCAGGAGGGUCUGUCUCCUCACCGACCCCCGAUGCCCCGUCAGAACUCCGACCCCACGUCGGAAACCCCAGCUCCACCGCCUCGCAUCACCAGCCGAGAUGACAAGUUUGACAAGAGCUCCUGGCUGAGACACGAAGACGACGUUCCUCCAAAGGUCCCCCAACGGACCACCUCCAUAUCACCUGCACUGGUUAGGAAAAAUUCCCCAGGUAAUGGACCAGGUGGACUGGGGCCAAGAACCGGAGCACAUCUGAUCCGAGCAAGUAACCCAGACCUGCGUAUUCCCAUGGAUUCGGCCCUCCAGAGAACCAGCAGCGGGAGUUCUUCCAGCUCCAGUACGCCCAGCUCGCAGGGCGGCUCGAGCGAAAGGAACCGGGUGGGAGGGUCCGGAAAGUCUGAAGCAUCUCUAGCUGUGUCCCAGGAACCCAAGACUAAAACCCAAGAGGAGAACAGGGAGGUGACCAGACCCAGCCGACCAGCGGACCUCACUGCUCUGGCCAAAGAACUCCGAGAGCUGCGAACCAAUGAAGACACCAACCGCCCGCCCAGGAAGGUGACUGAUUACUCGUCGUCCAGUGAGGAUUCAGAGAGCAGCGAGGAAGAGGAUGGAGAGGGCGGGGCUAAUGAUGGGACUGUGCCAGUCAGCGAUAUUCCACGUAUCAUGCCUUCUGCUGGCCAGAGUGGCAAUGACUCAUUGGGCAACCAGGAAGAUUCUCAUCCCAAUGAUUCAUUCGGCAAAAGCUCUCAAGACACCUCCCUGAUGAUGCGAGAGACGUUUGGGGAAAGAAAGCUCGGUCAUGCCGAGAGCAAUGGUUUCCCCGGUAACUUCAAUCUGCCUGAUCUAGUACAGCAAAGCCAUUUCCCCUCGGGCAUGCCCGGUGAGGGCUCUGGGAGGCACUGUAGUGGGCAGGACCUGGACUCGGUGGCUGAAUUUGGGAUGGGGAGCGGAUCCAAAGCCUCCUUCACUCCUUUUGUGGACCCACGAGUGUAUCAGACCUCCCCAACAGAGGAAGAUGAGGAUGCCUCCGGUCAUUUUGCGGAUGAACUCCUGAGGCACGAGCAAGAACAGGAACAAGCUCGAUUGAACGAGGCACGGAAAAUUUCAGUCGUUAACGUCAAUCCCACCAAUAUCCGGCCUCACAGCGACACCCCCGAAAUCCGCAAGUACAAGAAGCGUUUCAACUCGGAAAUCCUGUGUGCGGCAUUGUGGGGAGUAAAUCUGUUGGUAGGAACGGAGAAUGGACUCAUGUUACUAGAUCGCAGUGGUCAGGGAAAAGUUUACAAUCUCAUCAACCGUCGACGCUUUCAGCAGAUGGAGGUGCUGGAGGGUCUCAAUGUCCUGGUCACCAUAUCAGGUAAAAAGAAUAAACUGAGGGUCUAUUACCUGUCAUGGCUCAGAAACAGGAUACUUCACAAUGACCCCGAGGUAGAGAAAAAACAAGGCUGGAUUACGGUUGGUGACCUCGAGGGGUGUGUCCACUAUAAAGUCGUCAAAUAUGAAAGGAUUAAGUUCUUGGUGAUUGCUUUGAAAAAUUCAGUGGAAAUUUACGCCUGGGCUCCAAAACCCUAUCACAAGUUCAUGGCUUUCAAGUCUUUUACAGAUCUUCCGCACAAGCCCAUGCUGGUUGACCUCACAGUGGAGGAGGGUCAGAGGUUAAAGGUCAUCUACGGCUCCAGCGUUGGUUUUCACGUGAUAGACGUCGAUUCUGGAAACCCGUACGAUAUCUACAUUCCAUCCCACAUUCAGAGCAGUGUUACCCCUCACGCCAUUGUGGUGCUUCCCAAGACCGACGGCAUGGAGAUGCUUCUGUGCUAUGAAGAUGAGGGGGUCUAUGUGAACACAUACGGCAGAAUCACUAAAGACGUGGUGCUACAGUGGGGAGAGAUGCCCACCUCUGUUGCUUACAUCCACUCCAACCAGAUCAUGGGCUGGGGAGAGAAAGCCAUUGAGAUCCGCUCCGUGGAAACGGGACACCUCGACGGAGUUUUCAUGCACAAGCGAGCUCAGCGACUGAAGUUCCUUUCGGAGAGAAAUGAUAAAGUGUUCUUUGCCUCGGUCAGAUCAGGAGGCAGCAGCCAAGUUUUCUUCAUGACCUUGAACAGAAACUCCAUGAUGAAUUGGUAAUUUGUGCACGCCCUCCCCUGCAUUGUAUCUGUGGACCUUUUCUACUUUAUUGAAAAGUGUUGAGAAAUGGAAAGACAGGCAGAAAAUCCAGGUGUGCCGGACAAUCUGGCAGACGGCGAGCAGAACAAAACUUUCCUGGGUCUUUCUCAGAAGAGUCAAAGACGAUCAAACUCAACUCCACAGCCAAAAUCUGGACGCUGCCAUAAACAAAGAGGUUCCAAAAAAAGAACAACCGGUCUGCGUUAUUUUUUACGGCUCUUUCGUUGAUGUAUGUGGGGUUCUGAUGUUUUUGUCAUUACAAAUAUGUAUCUAGAGUCUUCUGGAGGCGAUUAGUAAAAGACUGAAAUUACAGGACCCUCAGAAUAGAGUGAAUAUUUAAGCAAGUGAUUUGUACUGUUAUGACACUUUUGACACAAUAAUUCAACGUCAGUUUAAACCUCCCUUGCGGGAUGCCAUUCGUGCGAUCCAAUAUCUUCACCUGGGCAUAUUUCAUUCUUUGUUUUUAGAAAGAAUCUUUUUCAUGUUUCAGCUCGGAAUGCACACAGACGUUUGUGACACGUCGACGUCAUGCUAAUGUUUGAAUUGAACUGAUGCUUGUUUCACGACGUUAUAUUGGAGCAGACACACUUUUGGGCUGUACACAAAAUGCCUUAAAUAUGAAAUUGCAAUGCUGCUCGAUUUAAUUUUUCUAGGUCCAUUUUGAUGUGUGCGUCUUUAUGUACAGAAGGGAAAAUAUUGCGAUUAGAUGGAAAUUGAUGCCUGUUUGUAAUGGAAAUAUGCAUGAUGCUGUCAUGAUCCUAAACGGUCAUAAUGUGCAUUCCCAGUAAUGUGCUAAAGUUCUGUAGUAUUUAAGAUGCGAAGUUUGUGAUCGUGCACUGUUUCUUGCACUCAGGGAGAUGGUGCUGUAGAUCAGACUUCUGUAUUUUUUUUUUCCAUUGUCUCCCGAACAAACAGAUUGUGAGCAUUUGAAGCAUUUUUUUUAUGGAAACUUGCACUGAUGAGUGAAUGUCCACAUGACGCAAGACAUUUAAAAAGUAAAUCUUAUCUGCAGGAACGACUCUUUGUUAAACAAAAAUCACAGGGCGGAUCUAUAAAUACUACAGAGCUUUGUAAUGAAACAUCAAAAAGUACAUAACAAUUUCAUUGAGUCUCACAAUAGCUGGGUUAGUGUGUGUGAAGAUAUGUGUAGGAUUGGAUGAAUGAUGUAAAGUUUUCCACGAACAAAACAAAAAAACUAGUUGUUACCAGCAGUUUUUGACUAGUUAAGGAACGAGGGAAACACGCCUCCCUGUGUCAUUUAGAUAAGAAUGUUUUCUAUUUACAUUUAUUUUCGCACAACUCUCAGCAAAGUGCAAUAACGGCCGAGGGAAUGAGACGGCGAGUAACCUCCAACUAUUUAUAGAGGGACGUUCACUAACCGUCUGUAAAUAUCCACUUCCUGCGGUGAGAGAGGAUCUCGCUUCUGAAAUUAAUGCAUUAGAAACUGUGAGGGUCGGACAGAAAUGUGUGAUGUUUUUGUGUCACUGUAAGACUCUCCCAAUGUGUCACAAAUGUGGACCUAAUUUUGUGUGAAUCACAUGAAUCGGUGAACAGGACGGUAGUGUUUUGUGAGAGCUUCCCUUUGGGCUACCUCGAUUGUGUUCACCUGUUAGUGUUCAGAUUUCGGCCAUGAGGUAGAGAAAACCUCUUUGUAAGUGAAACGAUAUAAACAAUAUUUAAGAUUGAAGGGACAAAUAUUUCUUCUCUGAGGGUGUGUUAAGUCUUUUGCAAUUCAACAUAUAGACCGGUGAAUUUUUUCAAAAGUAUUUUCAACUAGCUCAAUAAUUGGCUUUGAAUAUGUACUUAUUAAUGGAAAAUGGCAACGUUGUCAUGUGUAGAUUCAGAGGUGAUUUGAGUGUAGAACAUCAGAAAAAUUAUUCCAAAAAAAAACGUAUUGUGCAAUUAACAGCCAAUUCAAGACUAAUCUUAAUAUUAAUAGAGAUCCUUCUAAAUGACAUAGCAUUCUAUAAAAAUACAGGAAACAAGUUCCUUAAUUAUAUACUUUCAUUUGUAUAGUUUUAUACAUUUCAACUGCUGUAUGGAAUGGCAAUAGUGUGUAGAAUUCACAAUGUCACUUGAAACAACUGGAAACUUUUUUUUGUUAUACAAACUGUGAACUGAGUAUGGACGUGUGUGUGGGAUUGAUGUCUCCCUGUAGUUACGGGGUCUUCCCAUCAACUUUAUAAACACAGAUGUAAUCUGUGAUGUUGGUUGAUCUGUUUAUUAUCUCAUGCACCACCUCCAAUGUGGUUGCUUUGUGUAGAUACGUUUUUGAUGUGUGACCUUAUUUUUACAUUAACUUGAAAUUGAUACAGUAAGUACAUCCUUAACCUGAAUCUGUUGUUUUAUUUCUCUUUCUUUUAGUAUUUUGUGUAUUAAACUUUUAAGAUUUAUAGCACAACUGCGUAUUCCGGAUAUUGGUUAUUUUUAUGGUUGCUGCAAUGUGUGCGGGAGUGCGUUUUAUUCUUUAGGCCUGUAAAACCACCAAUAAAGAAAGGAAAACGGCCAUGUUCACAUUAAAAUGAGGAGUGGUGAGCUGUAACUGGACCUACCAUUUUUGAUUUUCAUAUUUCAUAAUGUGUACCAAGAAGUUCAUAUUAAAUGUAAGGUUGUGCUAUUUUUUAAAUACAUUUUUAAGGCUAGGAGAAUGGGUUUUUCCAUGUAACUAUAAAUGUAGCCUGGACUUCCAAGAGAUUUCGAUCUCAUUUAAUCCGAUUUCAAUUACAGUACAUGAUGUAAAUCACAACAAUACCACAAUGCCCUCCAGUCAGCCAACCCACAAAAUAUCUGUAAGGUCUGAACUCUAUAUUUUGUGGAUCUGGAACUUAACCCAGUUUUGCUUGAUAUUUUGAUCCAUUUUAUUUAUUGUACUGUACAGUGCUGAAAUACUAGAUCUCGUUGUAUUAAGAAAAUUUCAAGGAAAUCAUUUAGAAAUUGUUAAGUUGAAUUAGUUAGUCUUAAAGAAUUUUGAAAUCUAUACUGUCAUAACAAAGAUGCGUUACUAUGAGUGCUUCAUUUAAACACAUUUUAUAGUUAGUUUAUUUUUUAAGCAACAUUGUUAUGCCCAAAUUCCCAGCUAUCCCUCAUUAUUAUUGCUAAACAUUUUAAAAUAGCUGUUUGUAAUAUGAUUUUGAUUGUGUUAAUGCACAUUUUUCAUGCUAGAGGGUCCUUCAAGUGCAUAUCAAAUAGCUGGGUCAGUCUAGAAAAGCUAGGCUAUUAGCAAUAAUAAGCAUUUUUUAUGUUGUCAAAUUUCAUGUUGGACCCUUUUUUACUUUGGCUGUAUAAUAAUAUAGCUUGAGUUUAUUUCUAUUCAUAACUAAAUAGUUCAAAGAGAUUCUGAAUGAAGAAUAAAUGAAAAGGAAACAUGGAAUAUAUUUCAAGCCCAGCGUGUUCACUUGUCUCCCCAAACCAUGAUUUUUUUUCUUUGUUUUUUAAAUAAAUUGACACAUCAAACCAGA